AUGGAGGAGGAGGAAGAGGUUGUGAUGGCUGAGAAUGGUAGUUUAGAGUCUCAAGAUGACAGAUUCUCAGUCCAGAUUAGUGAUGUUCUUAAAGAGAAUGAGAAUCCAGAUGUUGAUUUUCUAGAGGAUUUAGAUUCUUACUGGGAGGCUAUAAACGAUCGCCUGACCAUCUCCCGAGUUGUGAGUGACUCGGUUAUGAGGGGAAUGGUUACUGCAAUUGAGUCUGAAGCUGCUGAGAAGAUUGCUCAGAAAGACCUUGAAUUGUCAAGAAUUCGGGAGACUCUGUCUCUGUACCACGUGGGUUCUGAAGAAAAUGAAGCCUCUUUAAGCAGCCUUAAAGGUGAGGCGAGAAAACAGUUGGUGAUGCUCGUUGAAGAGCUCGCCAAUUUGAGAAAGUAUAUUCACAUCAAUAGAGAAGGCGCUACUGAGGAUGAUACUCUGAAUGAGUCCAAAACUGUUGAUAAAAUGCUUGAUUCCUUGAAGAGCAUUCUAGAGACUGUGUUGAAACGGAAGAAUGAAAUGGAAGUCCCUUCCUCGUGGCAGCAAGAGCAUGAUUUUAUCAAGGAAACUGAGUCUGCAGUGCUGACUUGUUUCGUUAGGAGUCUCAAGGAUGAGUAUCAGCAGAGACUGUUGGAGAAAGAAGCUGAAUUUAGUGGUGGUGGUGAUAGAAGUUUGGUGCUUGGGAAUAUCAAGGAGAUUACUGGUCUGCGCCAGGAAUUGGAGCUGAUUCGUAAGUUUCUUUUGGAUAGUGAGAACGGUGAAAUCGAGAGAGGGGAGGUAGGAGACCGGAAACGAGUGGUGCAACUGCACCGGAAGAUGUCAGGAAGCCUCAACUCAGCUUCUUCACUCUGUGAUACAAAUGGUAAGCAUGAAGAGAGUUCUGAGGUUUUAAAACACUUAUCACAGGAUGAUUUGAUCAGUCACUUUAAGACGGAGAUGAAUAAAAUGAAGAUAGACCAUGAUUAUAAGAUACAAGAGAUCACAGAACAAUGUUUUACCUUUAAGCGGAAGUACUUGAAUUUAAAGGAAAGAGGUUCUUUUUCACCUGUGGGGAAAGAUAAGGAGCUAGAGGCGUUGAAAAGGAAGAUCCCGUCUGUUAUUUCGAAAUUGGAUAAGAUUUUAUUGCAAGAUGAAAAGUUGGUGUCUGAAGGAAAGAACAAUGCUGAUUUUAAGAGCCGGUUGGAUUCUCUUCUUCAGGAGAAUCGUCAACUGAAAGAUUCACUUUCAGACGCUGCUGUGAAGAUGUCACAGCUUUUAGAAGCUGAGGCAGAUCAUCAAAAGUUGAUUCGAAAGCUUGAAACAGAUGUUGAGGAUUCUCGUGUUGAGGCUUCUAUCUACGAAGAUGUUUAUAGCUGUUUUGUGACUGAGUUUGUGGGCCAGAUUAAGUGUGAAAAACAGGAGACAGAUUUAGAGCACAGUAUGAUGAAAGAAGCAUAUGAGUUGGUAUUGGAAGAUCUUGCGAGUAAACAAGAACGUGAAAGCAAGGAUGAGUUCGAAGACUCUUGUGUCGAAUCCUUCAUGAUGGAAGAGUGUUGUGCAGUCGUAUACAAAGAAGCCUUGAAGGAAGCUGAUAAGAAAAUCGUAGAGUUGAACAUGCAUGUAACAGAAAAAGAAGAAGCUCUGAGAUCAGAGAUGGUUGACAAGGAAAGACUGAAAGAGAAGAUUCAUUGGCUGGAGUGUCUCGUCAAGGAGAAGGAGGAUUUAACCAAAACAGCCGAGAUUAACUUGGCCACAGAGAGAAAGAAACUUGAUCUAGUCUCUCACCAGAUCAAUGAUCUGAAAUCUCGGAUAGAGCAGCAACAAGCAGAGAUUCAGGAUAAAAACGAAGCACUGGGACUUGUUUCGGCACGCGAGAUACAGAAAAUAAAAGGUUAUGAGACAAAGAUAUCCGUUUUGACACAAGAGCUUGAAUUAGCAAGAGAGAAUCUGAAGAAAACCAAAGAGAAGUUAACGGGGACAGAAGCAGAGAAAGAGAAGCUCAAGAAGCACCUUCUGUCUCUGGACUUAGUUCCUCCUAAAUUGGUGCAAGGUUUCAACUCUCUCGAGGACUUGGUAGUAGAAAAGACGCAAAAAACAAAUUCAAGGCUGAAAGACAUGUCCAGUCAAUUGCGUGAUCUGUCACAUCAAAUGAAUGAACUCAAGGGGAAAGCAUCAAUGUACAAGCAACAAUUCGAGAAGAAGUGUUGUGACCUCCAAAAGGCCGAGGCUGAGGUUGAUCUUCUUGGAGAUGAGGUUGAAUCUCUUUUGGAUCUGCUUGAGAAAAUAUAUAUAGCUCUAGAUCAUUACUCUCCAAUCCUAAAGCAUUACCCUGGCAUCAUUGAGAUCUUGAAGCUUGUCCGGAGAGAACUAAGCGGAGAAUCAAAGAGACUAUCAGAUUGA